ACUUCUCCUCUUUCCGACAAAAAGACCACCUUCUCUCUCGUUUUUCUUCUGGAUGUUUUGUUUUUGCUUUUUUUCUUCAUACUCUUUAAAAUAUUGUUAGAACUAUUUUUUAUUUUGUAAAAAUAAAUUUGCUUCCCUAUAAUAAUUCCUAAUAAACAUCAAACUUCAUCUUUUUGUUUUUGUUCUCUGGACAGUGUCUCUCCACGUAUUCGUCUCUGGGUUUUUUUUUGCUUCAGGUGAUUUGAUCAGGUCUUUAAGGCCAUUUUGAGACCAGAGAAGAUUUGUUGGUACAAUGUCUGAACAAGGUAUGGUUUUGGGUAAAGAAGGGAACAAAGGAAUCAGAAAAAAUUCUUCAGUCCAAGGUUAUGAAUCUGCUUGGUUAGGUCGUUGGACUCAGUUAGGUAAUGAAGUGAAGUUUCAUGAUCAGAGUAAUGGUAGUGACUCCAAGGAGUUGAUUAGGCCUGAAGUUAAUGUAAAAAAGAAUCAAGAAGUCGAGGUCGUGCCUUUUCCUAUGUUCAAGGUUUCUCAGAAGAGAGACAGUGCUGUUACAAAGCUUCAACCUUAUCAUGACAAUGUGGGUUCAAGCUCGAAAGCUGUGGCUAAUAGAUUGCCUUGGAUGAAUGGUCAAGGAGAUAAUGCUGGAUCGAGUUCCAAGAACCGGCUUGAUUCCCCAGUUCAAGAGAAGACUACACAGAACCUGCUUGAGUUGAUAAGACCUGUGAGGUUUUACGCAACGGUUGAUUCGGUUCAAAGAGUUAACUUGCCAGAAGAAGAAGAUGGUAGGACCUGCAUGAAACUGAAAGGGAAGAUUUUUGGUGGGUAUCUUGAUCUGUUUCCUAAUAUAGAUCACAAACAGAAAGGAGGAGUAAAGCUGCAAUCUUUAGAAAGCUCCAAGGAUACAGAAGAAGAUGAGCGGCCGAGAAGAAACGAAUCAUCGGCAGAGACUGAUAUCUUGGGAAUAGAUAAACUUCAUACGAUACAUCUUUCCGGCUCCAUUUCUUCAUCAUCAACUAAGGGCAAAGGAAAAAGAGGAAAUUCAGCAAUUCCCAGGGCUGAAAUACCUGACAUGAAUGAAGAGCCGCCUCUGGUUCUAGAAAGAGAGAAUUCAGUAGAAGGGCAUCAAGGAGAAACAAGCAACUCGGCUACUCAAAGUAUGAACGUGGACAACUUUCUGUCAAGAGAGACCUGCAAACGUGCACGGUUGGAACCAGAACUGGAACCAAGCAGUAGAUGGGUCAAGCGUCUCAAGACAAACGCCUCAGAUUCCAGUGGGAACGAUGAAACCAGGAGUCUGAUGAAGAUUGAAGCAUCAUCACAUGGCAAGAAAGGGAACAACAGCAACCUGUUCCUCGAAAUCUUGAAAUCGGGGAUUAACAAUCUCCAACCAAGAAAUCAAGAACCAGCCACUUCACAAAUCAAGAAUCUGAACCAGGGAGGAGGAGAAGACAUUACACUUCUGCAUCCAUGGAUCCAGAGAUGGUGCAAGAAGAAAGCUACGUCGACAGAUCAAGCACAAGGGCAAGAAGUUAGCUUUGAGCCAGAGAACCAAAAGGAGAUUGAGAAGAAGCAGUAUCCGAGUAUUGCAGCCAUGGCACUGAUGGGGAAGGCUCUAAGCGGUUUAAACCCGUAUGGUCUUAGAAAGACCGAGUCUCUCAUGGUCUGGAAUGCUCGGGAUUUAAGAUAGGAAUAAAAACUAUAUCAUCAUCCUGAUCUUCAUUGUUACCAUUACAGCUUAGAGACGAGAGUACCAGAGCUAGAAUUCAGACUUAACUCGGAUUCGAAUCAUGUAAGAUUUUGGCAGGUCCUAUAUCAACUCUACUUAGGGGUCGGUCUCACUAUCUUAUCAGUUAUGUAUGAAUAACUUAUUUGCAACAUAAAUUUUCUGCUUAGUUGUUACAACAACACUAUUCCAUUUUGUAAUCGACAAAAACAAUUUAGUUAACA